AUGCCGAUGAUGGUUCUGACCCGCAAACGCCGUAAGUCUAGACGAUCCUCAACCCGCGGCAAGCCUCGCCAACGACUACAUGCUGCCAGUCCAUCAAGCCGCCGACCACCAUCGAAUGACAAGCAAGAUGAGAGUGACCCACGGGCUCUGUCAGCGACGUUUCAAGAAUGGAGUCUCGAAGAUGCUACUUUGAAACGCGUCUUCAUAGGUGGUCAAGCCUUGUUUCAAAUUCAGUUCAGCUGGAAUUCGCGUAUGAAUGAUCACUCAGUGGCAGAUGUUGGUAGCAGAGCCGGAGUACGGGCGUCUACACCAAGGAGAUCUCGCCGGGCCUCACGGAGGGCUAUCGGCCAUGCUUUUACGCCUGAGGAAGAUAAUCUCCUUAUCGGCUUGAAGGAAAGUCAGGACAGACUUCCUUGGUCAGAAAUACAUAAGCGGUUCAGCAGCAUCUUUCCGGACAGCGAUCUCAAGGCAACCUAUAUUUUUACUUUUGUAAGCUAA